GCUAUGUAUUUUAAGUGAGCAGUUCAAAGCAAAUUGGUUAGUUGGCUCGCGACUGUGGUUCGAAACAGAUAUAUUCUUUAUUAAAUCGAAAUUUGCGCAACUUCGUAAUAUAAUGCCCGAAAGUGAUAAACCAAAUCAGUACAAUAAGGAUGAAUUAAAUCCACCAGAAUUCCUGAACAAGGAAUUCUUUGAAAAUGUAUUGCGAAAAUCGGAGAGCGACGCAGAUUUAUCAGUGAGAAUUUCAAGUGAACAUUCUGUGGAAUAUUAUUCUAAAAAGGCUCAUAUUUCCAGAUAAAAGCUUGAAAUGAGACCUGGAACAAAACCAGGAGAUCAUUUCGCCAGUGUAAUGUUCAAAGCUAUUAUUUCUUACACUUCAAGAGGUAAAAGCACCGAAUCAAGAUCGCUUGUGGUGAAGAUAAUGCCAUUUGAAGAGAGUGCAAAGAAAGAUAUGCUGUCGGAGUCGCCAAUUUUCGACAGGGAAAUUGAGAUGUACACGAAAGUUCUACCGGAAAUGCACAAAGUAAUGAAAUCAAUUGGAGAUAAUGAAGAAUUUUCCCCAAGAUUAAUUUAUCACAGCACAGAUCCGUUACUAUUAAUCUUCGAGGACAUUUCAAAAUUGGGCUAUGAGAUGCACGAUGGUGCGUGUAAUUUUGACAAUACUAUUAAAAUAACGAAGAAGUUGGCAAAAUUUCACGCUGUGUCUUAUUAUAUUAACGACAACAAAUACGCGCACCAAAUUGAUUUUACAAAAUAUUUAACUCUAUGGAAUGAUACCAUGAUUAACAAAGUGAAAGUCUUCUUUGAAGGAUUUGAUUAUCUUAAAGAAGAAGUUGACACUUGGCCAGGAUAUGAGGUCAUUGCGGAAAAAUUGGCAACACAAGAUAAGACAUUUAUUAAAAAGCUUUUGGACGCCUUCGAACCAAUUCCAGAGCAUCCAAUGAAUGUGCUUUGUCACGGUGAUUUUCAUAUCAAGAACAUGAUGUUUAUCAAGAAUGGUGACGUCAUCGAUAAGACAAUGUUUCUGGACUUCCAAGUGACUUCUUGGGCAUCACCUGCGAUUGAUCUUAUUUACACUCUCUAUGCCAUUGGUGAUCAAGAGUGCCGUAAGCGGCGCGGAGAGAUAUUUUUGACUUACCACGAAUGUUUCACUGAUUAUCUGAAGCGAUUGGGAUGUCUCAAGAAAGCGCCAACACUGUUGGAUCUCAAUAUCGCUGUAUUGCAGAAGGGAACUCUGGAACUCCUUUGGAGCGUAUGCUUUCUGCCAUUCAUGCAUAUGGACUUCAGCAAUGUUGACGUUGUAGAAGUGGUAGAUAGUACUGAGUUAAUGGGAAAUCUACGAAGGAAAGCAUACAAAGCCGCAGAUAUGGUUGAAAUACUAAAAGAUGUUUUGCCAGAACUCUUGCACAAAGGAAUUUUAAAUUAACACCUUUUUCGUGUACAUCCCAUAAUUAUAGUCAUGCUUUGUGAGCACACAAAUUGAACAGGACAAAGCUAAUUAUCGGUAAAAAAAAGGUAAAAAAAAAAUUGUAAAUACUAAUUCAACACAACUGUGCGUCCUAACAAAGUAUUCGCACCCGCACACAUACAUCUUUGAGUUAUGCAAAUAAACCAGAAUAAUAUUGUACUAUUUAAGUGAGCGUGUAUCGUGAGAUGUUGCAAUAAACUUAGUUGAUGCGCACAUUUAUCUCAAUACGGAAGUAUUUUUUGCACUUUGAAGAAUCUCAUUUGAAGUGUUUUGUUGUGAUUUGUGCAAAUAAAGGACUCUUCAGAAUAAUAAUGACAAGUAUUAUUGAAACAAGUCUCGACAACGCAAUUGUAUUGAACCUUCCGGAUUUUCUUAAUAAACCAUG